AUGAGAGUUCUGAUUGUCGCCGCCGCCGUCCUCGCCUGCGCCGCAGCCGCGCCUUCUGGCGCUCUGCUGGCAGCACCCUACGCCCAUGGCUUGGUGGGUCACGCCGCCCCGCUGGCGAUAGCGCACGCCGCUCCCCUGGCCGUCGCCCACGCCGCCCCCGCCCUGCCCACCAUCUCGCCCGGAGACAUCCAGGGCGCCGUGAUCGACGCACACGUUGAAGCCUCCGACCAUGCCCGCGCCGCUGGCGACGCCGCCCGCGAAUUGCACGACCAGGCUUCCGAGAUCAACGGCCAGGCCAUCAACGCCGCUGAAGACCACUCAUGGCAGGCCGUGGACGCCGUGAAGACCGCCGAGGCCCAACUUGACGGCGCUGCCGCUGGUGUUGCCCCCGUGUUGGCUAAGCAGCUGGCUGGUCACGCCGCUCCUGUGGCUGCUUACGCCGCCGCUCCCGUGGCUGCUUACGCCGCCGCCCCCGCAGCCUACGCCGGCCCCGCUGCCUACGCCGCCCCUGCCGCCUACGCCGCCCCCGCCGCAUACGCUGCCGCCCCCGCCCUCCUGACAGGGCACGCCAUCGCUGGCAGCCGUUCCGUGGCCACCCAGUCUCUCUCCCAGACCCACCCCUCCCCACUCCUCCAAGCGCGCCUCGCGUACGCCGCUCCCGGCGCUUACGCUCACGGACUCGCGCACGGAUGG